CCAAACACAAAAAUGCCUCUAACUCAGUCAGUUUCACAAGUGUUGAGCUAAUAUAGUAACUGAGAGUCAUUAACAGCCUUUAUUUUGACUGCUAACACAAUGUAUAACCCUUUGUGAUACUGCAUAGUAUCACACAUUAAGUUAUUUAUUAGAAUUCAAUCAAGAUGGCUAGAACUUCAUAAUGUCUCAAAAGAAGAUCUAAAUCUCCUGCAGAGCAGCAACAGCUCUGACACGAUAAUAACCAGGAGAAACAAAAGCCAAAGGUCUUAGCCAUCCAUCAGUACAAGGAAGCCCUCUGAGUGUCAUCAGACAUGGGGCCACACACAGGAUGGACUAUCCUGCUUCUUGUCUGCUCAGUCCAAGCAAUCAACUACGCCCCUGAAGUCAAAGAUGGAGUACAUGAGCUGUGUGAAGACCUUGAAAARGGUUCUCAUGCAUUUGACAUCUUAGCAUCAGACCCUGAAGGUGACACAUUGACCUAUCAGUUGUUUGGAAUUCAGGCUUCAGCCUUUGAAGUUGAUCGUGCCUCUGGCAGAGUAACACUGAAUGGUGCCCUUGAUAGAGAGACUGAAGCUGUUCUGACGUUUGAGGCUGAAGCCAGUGAUGGUCAAAGUAAAGAUUCUGGGACAAUAACUAUAAUAGUAUUAGAUGCCAAUGACAACCGUCCUCUAUUUAAGGAGUCUUCUUAUGAUACGUCAGUGCCAGAGAAUGCCCCCAUAGGACAUACACUGACCACAGUGCUUGCCACAGAUGCGGACACUGGAAGUGCUGGUGCAGUUAGAUACAGCAUUGAUGAGAUAUCACCAGCUCAAGGAGCUAAUCUGUUUGAGAUUGGUGUGUUUGAUGGUAAAGUGACACUAAAAGGACGUCUGAAUUAUACCUCACUGAGUCCCUUUUAUCGACUUAAGAUUAACGCAAGUGAUGGCGGCGGCCAAUGUGGUUCUGGCCCACACAGAGUUCAGUCAAACAGUAUGUUCUCCCUCAUCACGGUCGACGACGUUCCUGACCUUGACCCAGUUUUCUUGAACAUUCCUCCUGCACUGAAAGUUGAAGAGAAUUCACGCAUUGACCUUGCUGUGUAUACAGUGAUCGCAAUCGACCAGGACGAAGGAGUCAAUGAUGAUAUAAUCUAUUCUAUUCAAGAUUCCAGACCACCUAACUUAUUUAAAAUCUCAGUCAAUGACGGGGUCAUAUCUGUAUCAUCAGAGAUUGACAGAGAAGUUACUGGUGACACUGUAACCCUCACUCUGAAGGCCACUGAGAAAAAUCUGGACAUCCAUGGACGUCAAGCAAGUACAACAGAAACAAUGCAGAUCACUAUUACUGAUGUCAACGACAACCCGCCUGAGUUUUAUGAUUGCAGCGUCUCCUGUGUGAAAAAAAAUGAGUUCACAGAUGAAGUCUUUGAACACUUCAGUGGAUCUAUUUCCCUCAAUAUGACUGUCAAAGAUCCUGACAAGUUUGUCAACACUAAACUAACGCUGGAAGGAGAGGACAAGGAAAUAUUUUCUGUGUAUCCCUCAACCACAACAUCAGACAGCCUUGUUCAGCUCCGUGUUAUACAGCCCGCACAUCUUGAUUUUGAAGAAAAACAGCAAAUGGUUCUUCAGAUCAUUGCUGAGGAUAUGGAUGAACCCAGCUUCCGCACCACUGCUACAGUCACUAUAAACAUUAACGAUGACAAUGACAAGAGCCCCACCUUUCCAGAAACCACAUAUGAACUGGAGGUGCCUGAACACUCUCCUGACGGGACAAUUCUGGCCAAUAUUACUGCAGAAGAUCCUGACACAAUGGAUCAAGGCAAACUGACCUACAAACUUCUUCCAGAAAGCAUAUUGAAAUUCUUUGAUGUCGACCCAGUCUCUGGCACAGUCUUUGUGAAAAACGGGGCUGUGUUGGAUCGUGAGAGCAGAUCUCUGUUAACAGCCACUUUGGAGGCCAGAGACACAGCAAACAAGCCCGGCUCCACGGUACUGGAGAUCACAUUGACUGACAUCAAUGACCAGCCUCCAGUCAUCAACAGAGUAUCUUACCUGGAGAAUGUUCAAGAGGGCAACACGUUUGCAUACAGGAUUGAGGCUACAGAUAGAGAUGACCCUGAUACAGUAAACAGCCAGAUCCUGUACAGUAUAGAACCAAGCGUGUUCAGCAACAGCUUCACUAUGGAUGAAAACACGGGAUGGCUGAGAAGCAAAGGUGAACUAGACCGGGAGGAGCUGGAUCCAGAACUCGAUGGCAGAAUUGAACUCAAUGUAACAGCCACCGAUAAAGGAGUUCCCCCACUUUCCCACACCGUCCCUUUUGUCCUCACUGUGGGGGAUAUCAACGACAACUUUCCAAAAUUUGUAGCAGCUUCUUACGCCUUUUCUGUUAAAGAAGGCGAAAAAGGUGCAUUUGUAGGUUUUGUUCAUGCUGUGGAUCUGGAUCAAACAAACGCCUUCAAUCGUAUUUCUUUCAACAUCAUUAGUGGGGGCUUUGGCAGUUUUGGCGUUAGAGCCAGUGAAGCUGAAACAGGCAUAGGCUAUGUUGGGAGGAUCGCCGUUGACCAGGACAUUGAGCUGGACUUUGAGUCAGAACGCAAAAUGUUUGAAUUGCAAGUGGAGGCUACAGAUCCAGACAGAUACAAGGAUACUGCGACGGUAACGGUGACUGUAUUGGACGUGAACGAUGAGAGGCCUGAGUUCUUGCCGAUGGAUCCUGUGAACAUAAAAGAGAACACUACMAUCAAUGAGCCCAUCGGAAAGUUCAAAGCACACGACAAAGAUACCAAUCAUUCCCUGACCUACGAGCAGGAAUCUGUCAAUUGCAGGUGUAAUAACACCAUGAGAUCCUGCGAAUGGUUUAUCCUUGACCCAAAUGGAGACAUUCGAGUCAACCCAAAAGAGAGAGUGGAUUAUGAAGAGUGUGACCAAGCAGUGGUUGAGGCUCAGGUGGUGGACGAAUACACAGAGAAGGGAGAGAACAACAGCGUUAAAACAGGACAAAUGGUGGUGUACAUUGAAGACAUCAAUGACAACAUUCCACAGUUUAUUCAUUCAGAUGCUGUAAAUGUUGUGGUGGCUGAAGGUUCAAAUAAAGGGACCUCGGUGGCACAAGUCACAGCUUCAGAUAGGGACUCUGGAAAACACAGCGAGAUAGUGUUUAAAAUACAAAAAGUCCAGUUUGAACACACCAAUAAUCAAACAGAAACCCUCGAGAUCAAGUUUGAAGUUGUCACUACUCAACAAGGUGCCAAUUACAUUGGACUUAUUCAGUCCUCCGAAGGCCUCGAUACAACCCUGAGAGGAAAGUAUUUGGUAACAGUGACAGCAACUGAUACUGGAGGCCUUGAGUCCUCCACUGUAGUAGAGAUAUUCACAGUUGAUGACACCUACAAAGUUAUACUUGAGUUUGAACGGUCAGAAGCCCAUGUCCAAGAAAACAAAGAGGAGAUCAGGAGGGAGAGUGUAACAAGGACUUCAAUGAUAACAUAUUUUAUCUACCGUAAUGGAAGUGCUAUUAGACACGAUGAGGUGGAAUCCAUGCUCUCUAAACGUGAACAUUUUCACAUACUACAAGGUCUUGGCCUCACAAACAUUGGCACGGUUGAGGUUGCAACCAAACCUACAAGUCCAGUGCAGUAUGUCCUGCUGGGGCUAGUCGCAGGCCUCGUUGUUGUGUUGGUCAUUCUCACCACCUCACUGAUGUGCACUCGCAGAAACUAUAGACGGAAGCUAAAAGCAGCCAAAGCCAUGAACACUGCAUCUGCAAUGAACUCUGACAACCAGAAAGGAGGUGCGGUGGUACCUGGAACUAACAAGUACACCAUGGAAGGUGCAAAUCCGGUGCUCAACCUUGCUCUGGAUAUAGACAGGGAGAGCAGCUCUGACGUGGACAAAGCCAGCCUCAACUCUCUGGACGACAAUUAUGACAUGAUCACCAAUGACACAAAUUAUGACAUGCAUAGGAUUGAGGAAGAGGAAGAAGAUGACGGUCCACCAGAGUACAACGAGCCUCUGGGUGCAGCGCUGGCUCAGUUAGGCCCAAAGAAAACCCCCAAAACAUCUGGCAUUGGUUUUAACAACCCUAUAUUUGACACAACAGACCUGUGAUGAAAUGUGUCAKGAAAAAGGAAAUAAAGACUGAAAUACUCAGAUGGUUGGAGACCAAGCAAACCAAAUUAUUUGUGUUAUUCGAAAAGACUUUUUGUUCCGACCUAUGAUAGUGGCUCAAGAUUUAUGACGUGUGUCUCAAACAAAUUAGAUAAUAAACCAACAUAAGGAUGGUUAGUUCAUAAAGUAUUAAUUUUGCUCUGAGUUCGUGACAUUUAGUUUGGCCUUUUGAACAUUUGAAACACAAAGUUUGGCUGCUUUUAAACUUUAUGCACAAAAAGCUAUUCUAAUUUGAAUGUUUCUCAUUGUUGAAAUUGAAAUUUUAAUCGCACCUGACUGUAAACACAGGUUUAACCGGACAACUGAAGUGGCAUGCAUGUAAAUACAACAGCGAAACAUCGACCAAUUACAAGCAUUUCAACAAAAGUGUGAAAGCAAACAAAACAACUAGUACUUACACAGAGAAUCACUUUAUUUCUGCUAAUUUAUUAAGCAAAUGUUAAAAAUCAUUUUGGGAUCUUACUUGAAAUGAUCUGCAUUAUUAGUUAUGUCAGCAUAUAUUUCUAACUUCGAUUGCAGCAGAUGCUACUGAAGAGNUA